AUGGACGCGUACCUGUCGAAAGCCAACAACGCGGUACCGAUCGUCGUGAUCGAUUACGGCAAUCGAAACCAUAUUCUCGGCGGGUACUCCUCCUCGUCGAUGGUAAGCAAACACCAACGAGAACAUCAAACGCAAGAACCGACGAGAGUUUCCUCGGACUGCACCGUCGUCGAAGAAAGGUCGAACUUGGAAAGCGCGAUUCUUGGGAGACGCGUGGAAUCGUUCGACGCCUUGCGAGCGGUGUUCGAAGCGCUCUUUUACGAGAAUUUCGGGUGGAUUAAACCCGAGGAAGAGGAAGAGGAAGAGAAGAACAAAAAGAACGUGUUUAUCGUGGAACCGAUUUUAGCCUCGAGACGAGAACGAGAACGCGUGUGUCAAAUGUUAUUCGAGGAGUUUCGAGUGUCCGGGUACGCGGCGGAGAACGCGGCGGUGUGCGCGUUAGCUGGAGUCGGGAGGUUGAACGGGAUAUCGGUGGACGUUGGCGCGGAGACGGUGGAUUGCGCGACGGUUUCGGACGGGAAGAUUGUGGAGAGCACGUGUCGACGGAUCGAAGGCGGGGGCGAGCGGUGUUGCGAGAAAGCGUUGAGUGGAACGACGGUGCGAGAAGGGAAAGAGAUUUACGCGGAGAUGGAGAAAUGGGAGAGGAUGAUUGUGAAUAGACACUUAGCGAGGGUGAGAUGGAACGCCGAUGAUGAUGGAAAGAACGGAGGAGGAGAGGGAAUGGAGUCGUAUCAGUUGCCGGAUGGAAAUAAGAUUAGCGUGGAAACGAAAGACGCGUUUGCGCUCGGCGACGCGUUGUAUUGUUGUUCCUCAAAUACGGACGACGACGCGAAUAGUAAAAUUGUCGAAGCCAUACAGUCGGCGGUAGAGAAUUCCUUCAGACACGCGCAAGCUGGGCAUUUCUUUUCUCACGGGAAAGAAAACGCGUUCGAGUGCGUCGUCGCGCACGGCACGGAAAGUUCCGUCAAAGGUCUCCGCGAACGGUUAGGCGAAGACAUUCGAACAAAGAUUGCACCGGAAAGUGCCAAAGUGAACGUCGUCGCAUCCGCGCCGGACUAUUUGCACGAGAAAAGUAUGGAGCACUUGAGCUGGACUGGAGGCGCGGUGCUCGGUAAAGUGACGUGGAACUUGAAUCAACAAAUUAGUAAAAGCGCGUACGAGGAGUGGGGACCAAACGUAGCGAAUAGAAGUCGAAACUCGUUCUAG